UAACGAUUGUCUCAGAAAGGUAUUGAUGUCAAGUCAAAAGACAGCUGAUUUGAUUGAAAAGGAUGUAGAAACAAUAAAGAGGACCGUAACAACUCUUAAAAAGAAAGAUGAGGAGAUUUUGGACCUUCUGUUGAAAACAAAAAUGUUACUUGAUAGGCAGAAGAUAGAGGAUAUUAAACUUACUGUUCUAGAAGUUGAAGAUGAUGAAGAGGAUGCACCCAUUUUUGAACCUGAAAUUAUUGUAGAAACUUGGGAGCAAAAGGCUGAGCAACUUGAGCAACUUACCCAGACCAUAAGAUAUGAGUUUAUGGAAAUUCUCAAUAGAAGUCAAGAAGAGAGUGCCGCCAGUAAUUGAGAAUUUAGGACCACAAUAAUCAGGGCCAGGAUACGAGCUUUUUGGGGUUUAAGCUCUUGAGGGUUUCAGUAAUCUGGCAGUUCUUGCUUUAUUUGUUUUCUUCCUUUUUAAGAACAACUUCAUGGAGAAUGAAAUUUCAUUUCAACUGCUAAGCUCUUUUUCUGAUUUUUGGUUACUUUUAGAAUUAACGUAGCUCAGAAAAUAUUAUGUACAUUUAUUUUCAUAUUUCGUAUUUGUUUUUUAUUUAAUUGUUCUGUAUAAUUUGAAUCUUGAACUUAAAUCUGUGAUGGGCACAUAGCUAUACAACUAAGAUUUUGCUUUAGAUAUUCAAGAUUUUAUGAUAUCACAACAACAGUAUCUACUAUCAAUAGAGAUCGGUUUGUUGUAUCAAUGAGUAAAAUUGACUCAGUUGAUAAAGAUUCCUUUAAUUAAUCUAGUAGUUCUAGAAAGUUUAGAUUUUAGUGUCUUUGGUAGCAUGCAAUCAUAUUGAACAGCUUGUAGCUGUUAUACCUUAAAACAGAAUGUGUCCCGGAAUGUAUGUGUUAUUAUAUUUUUACAAUGCAAUUUAACAAUUCUUAUUUCAUUAAAUAUAUUUUCAUUUCAGUAUCAAA